UCUGGCAUUUGGUUAAAGACAGCGGAGAAGCGACCAUGCUGUGGAAACUAGUUGAGAAUGUCAAGUAUGAAGAUAUUUACGAGGACCGCCAUGACGGCGUCUCCAGCCACAGCUCCCGCCUGUCCCAGCUGGGCUCCGUCUCCCACGGCGGGCAUUACUCCAGCGCGCCGCCCCUCUCCCACGCACCCUCGUCCGACUUCCAGCCGCCCUACUUCCCGCCGCCCUACCAGCCGCUGGCCCACUACCAGAGCCAGGACCCCUACUCCCACGUCGGCGACCCUUACUCGCUCAACUCGCUCCACCAGAGCCAGCAGGGUGCGUGGGGGGCGAGGCAGCGGCAGGACGCGGCCGGGGAGCGCAUGGACGGCUCGUCUUUGCUGGCGCAGCCCCGGGCUUCUCUGCCGCAGCUGCCCGGGCUGGACCCCAGGCGGGAUUACGGUGGCGUGCGGAGGCCGGACGUGCUGCUGCACGCCGCUCACCCGGGACUGGAGCCCGGGAUGGGAGACGGACUGCUGCACGGGCUGCACGGCAUGGAGGAUGUUCAGACUAUUGACGACACCAACGGAACCAACAUCCUGGAUCAAUCUGUAAUUAAGAAAGUGCCCAUGCCACCCAAGAACAUUGGGUCGUUGAUGCUGGGCAAGGACGGCCUGAUCGGUGGCAUCACCGUCAACAUAAACGAACUGUUCUGCUCGGUACCGGGCCGCUUGUCCCUGCUCAGCUCCACCUCCAAGUACAAGGUGACAGUCGGGGAGGUGCAGAGGAGACUCUCCCCACCCGAGUGCCUCAACGCAUCACUCCUGGGGGGCGUGUUGAGAAGAGCAAAGUCCAAAAACGGUGGGAAAUGCCUGCGGGAAAAACUGGAGAAGAUCGGCUUGAAUUUACCAGCUGGGAGACGUAAAGCUGCGAAUGUGACGUUACUAACGUCACUAGUAGAAGGUGAGGCCGUGCACCUUGCGAGGGACUUCGGCUACAUCUGCGAGACAGAGUUCCCCACCAAGGCCGUGAGCGAGUACCUCAACCGGCAGCACACGGACCCCAACGAGCUGCACACGCGGAAAAACAUGCUGCUGGCCACCAAACAGCUCUGCAAGGAGUUCACAGACCUGCUGGCCCAGGACAGGACUCCCCUGGGCAACUCAAGGCCCAGUCCCAUCCUGGAGCCCGGCAUCCAGAGCUGCCUCUCCCACUUCUCCUUCAUCACGCACGGCUUUGGCUCGCCCGCCAUCUGCGCUGCGCUCACCGCCCUCCAAAACUACCUCAGUGAGGCCCUCAAAGGACUCGACAAGAUGUUCCUCAACAACCCCUCCAACAACCGGCACGGGGACAACAAAGCCGGCGACAAAGAGGAGAAGCAGCGGAAAUGAGUGGACCAGGAGGAAGAAAUGCAGAGAAACAGGCGUUACAUUUCUUUCAUUCCCCCCGAGGAUAUGCUGGUUGAUGUGUUACAUCCAUUUUGCUCCCCAUGCCGGCGUCCUGUGAGACUGAGGUGCAGCUAACACAAAUGUGUGGGGGGCUAGGAGGGGGUCAUGCAAGAAAAGCAUUGUGGGUAUGAUGGAGGGGAAAAGGGUUAAUUUAUGCGUGUAUAUAUUUAUUUAUAUUAAUUUAAAUGGUUGAUUGUGUAAAUAGGUGCCAGCUAUUUCGGAGUAGGCCUAUUUCUCUGUGAUUUGAUCUUUGUAAAGGCUGGAGGUGGGAAGGACUCAUCCACUGUUUGUUCUUUUCUGUUCUUCUAGAGCUGUUGUCAUGGUGCUGAUGAUGGGUAGACAUGCUUUGAAUUGUCCAGUGCUUUCAUUU